AUGGCUUCUGAGACACAAGCGAAUUACUCCUGUCCGAUCUGCUAUGAAAUCUUUUCAGAUCCGGUCAUCCUGUCAUGCAGCCACAGUUUUUGUAGAACCUGUUGGCGGCGGUGCUGGGCAGAGGACAUAAAACACCAUUGUCCAGUUUGCAAGACAAGAUGUUUUGAAAGUGAGCCACCUCGAAACUUGGCGCUGAAGAACCUGUGUGAGGAUUUUUUAGCAGAGAGAGCUCAGAGAGCUUCAGCAGGAGCUGAGCCUCUCUGUAGUCUGCAUGCUGAGAAAUUUAAACUCUUCUGUUUGGAUGAUCAGCAGCCACUGUGUGUUGUCUGUAUGCAUUCAGAAAAACACAGAAACCACAGCAUCAAACCCAUCGACGAAGCUGCACGGGAUUAUAAACACGGACUCCAGGACAGCCUGGAGGCUUUGCGGAAGAAACUGGAGCCCUUUAAUGAUGUAAAAAGAGAGUUUGAUCAAACAGGAAAUUAUACUGAACUCCAGGCUCAAGACACAGAGAGGCAGAUUAAAGAUGUGUUUUCAAAGCUUCAACAGUUUCUACAGAGGGAAGAGAGGGUCAGGGUUGAUAAACUGAGGGAGGAAAAGCAGAUGUACUGUGAGAGGUUGAAGUUGACUAAGACUACUUCAAACACACAGGUAGCAGCUCUUUCAGCUACAAUCACAGCCACAGAGGAGGCACUGCGAUCUGAAGAUCUCCGUUUCCUACAAAACUACAAGACCACAGCUGAAAGAGUCAACCAACCCCUCCCUGAUGCCCCAGAGCCAAUCCCAGCUCUGUUAGAUACAGCCAAACAUCUCAACAACCUGACCUCUGUCGUCUUAGACAAGAUGAAAAAGGAGAUUGUCACCUCCAAUUUCAAGGUUCUGCAGCCAACAACAAAUACUGAGCCCCUGGGGUACGGUUCAAGAUACCGAGAGACAACUGACUAUUGUAAUACAUUCAGUAAUGCAUCCAGGAACAGGUUAAGUCUUGCUCAGCCAACAAGGAGUGAAACUCCAGGACCACACCAUGGGGGUUAUGGUCUGGGUAACCGACUAGGCAGAGCUGUUUCAACUCAAAGACUAAAUACUCCCUUUGAUCCUGAGCCAGCUCCAGGGCUCUUAAAGAAGAAAACUAAGAGUUGUUGGUCUCUGGCAGAAACUUGA